GACAGAGAGACGUUGGAUGAGAAAGGGAAUGGAGCAUGUGGGCUUCUCAUGUUCUCCUCCAUGUAUAUAAGAGAGGAAGACCUUCAGCUUUCUCUAAUUUGUUUUCUAUUUUUUUUUUUUUAUUUCGAAUUCAAGAUCAGCCCAGAUUGUUUUUUCUGCUGAUUUCUUAUUUUAUCAUUGAUUCCUCAAAAAGUUUUGGUUGUUGCAAUUAAUAUCUAUCAGCAAAAGAUUUCCUUUACGUUAAUCGUUUGCUUCUUUUUGUCUUUUCUUGUUUUCUUCUUCUUCUUCUUCUUUUUUUUUUAAUUUUUGUUUUUAUUUUCUUUUGUUCUUUAUUCAAAUGGUUUUCUGAUUGAAUUGAGAAAGAUUAAAGAUUGUAUUAAAUAGAGAUUGUCAAUGGAAGAAUCAAACAAAUUAAGAAGCAAGUUCAGGAGGAUGUGUGUGUUCUGUGGAAGCAACUCUGGCUACAGACAAGUCUUCAGUGAUGCUGCUAUUGAAUUAGGCGAUGAACUGGUGAAAAGAAAGAUAGACCUUGUUUAUGGUGGAGGUAGUGUUGGGCUGAUGGGUUUGAUAUCUCAGAAAGUGUAUGAUGGAGGCUGCCAUGUUCUUGGGAUCAUUCCUAGAGCACUCAUGCCUCUUGAGAUAUCUGGUGAAACUGUUGGUGAAGUAAGAACUGUUUCAGACAUGCAUGAGCGUAAAGCUGCUAUGGCCAGAGAAGCUGAUGCCUUUAUUGCUCUUCCUGGAGGAUAUGGAACCAUGGAAGAGCUACUAGAGAUGAUCACAUGGUCACAACUUGGAAUUCAUAAGAAACCGGUUGGCCUGCUAAAUAUUGAUGGUUACUAUAAUUGUUUGCUUGCAUUGUUUGACAAUGGUGUUGAAGAAGGUUUUAUAAAGCCUGGUGCUCGUAAUAUAUUUGUCUCUGCUCCAACAGCCAAAGAACUUCUGGAAUUGAUGGAGCAAUACACUCCUUCCCAUCAGCAAGUUGCUUCACAUGAAAGCUGGAAUAUGGAGCAACUGGGUAAUUAUCCAACACAACAUAAUGAACAGUGAACCAUUGGUGGUAGGUCAUUCACUUAAAUUGAUUCCUGAUGUACUUCAUCAUCAUUCGAGUUGUGUACAAGAAUCUUUUUCAAGUGGGGCUACAUGGUACUGUUGUCGUUUCAAUGAUUUGAAUUCUAUUAGAAUUAUCCUUGCUGUUUCACAACUUCCUAUUGUUUCUGGUCAAUAAAGCCACUGUAUGUGGCCAUAUUUAGUCA